UCCUUCCUUCAUGUUACAACGCUAGGACCAUGGCAACAAAGACAUGGAGGAACUUUCUGCCAACGUUUAUAGAUACUUCUCCUAUCAUAGAGUUUCCUAAAUAUUGUCCUCCACGGACUAAGGUAAACGUUUCAAGCCAAGUGAAGUCGCAGGGGAGUCGGCUGAAAAACGACACGUGACUUGUCAGCGCGAGUAGACGUGAGCACGUUGUCGCGUUGUUUUAAAACAUUUCGAAAAGUUUGGAAAGGUUCGAGGUCGUGUGGUGAAGUCCUGAAGAGAGCUUUUGACGACGUCGAAAAGCCCGGCUGAACAGGAGGACACUGUCAUGGACGAAGAAGCGAGAAUGAAACUGCUAGAAAAGCUUCAACAAGAAGAGGAGGAAUUCAUUGCCGGUUUAAAACCAAGUAAAUAUCGGGAUGGCUGGAAAGAAGAAACGUGGGAAAAGGAAAUGGAAGAGCACCCACUUUUUGCCAAAAGCCUUCCGGACUCAGGGGAGUUGCCACCUCUCGUAGAAGCCAUGCAGCAAUUGAAAUAUGAUACUGAACUGAAUGGUCCAGAAGAUUUGGCUGAGCAGUACAAAGAUGAUGGGAACAACAACUUCAAGUUGAAGAAGUAUCGUUGGGCUGUGGCUUCGUACACGGAGGGACUCAGGCAGAAGUGCAAAAGUCUUGAGCUGAAUGCCCAACUGUACUGCAACAGGGCAGCAGCCCAGUUCCGGUUGAAAAAUUAUGGCUCGGCAUUGGCUGACUCUACGAUUGCUUCAAAACUCAAGCCUAACUACGUGAAAGCAAUGACAAAAGCUGCCCUUUGUUGCUGGGAAUUGGAGCGUUACCAGGAGUGCAUAGACUGGUGUCGACAGCUCUUAGAGUUGGACCCUGCGAAUGCAGAAAUGACAGCGCUUAAGGACAAGGCAGAGAAAGCUUUGAAAUUAGCUGAGCGGAACAAGAGAAAGGCGGAGCUCAAGGAAAGACUGGCGGCUCGGCAAGAGGCUGCUCUCAGAAGUGCUCUCGAGGAGCGAGGAAUUAAACUCCCUAAACCGAAGGAUGAGGAACUGGAGUGCAACCCCUUCGAUCCACUCACGCCCACCCAUCCUGCCUUGCGGGAUCACAGGGUGCACCAGUCACCAACAGGUGACGGCCUUGUGUGGCCAGCUAUUUUCCUCUACCCCGAGGUGAUGGAAUCAGACUUUGUGCAAAGCUUUGACGAGUCUUCGAGCUUUGGAGAGCAGCUUGAGCUGCUGUUUGGAGACACAGUCAGCCAGCCUGAGUGGAAUGCCAGUGGUCAAUACACUCCCAACAGUGUUUCAGUUUGGUUCAAAGACCACUUUACAGGAAAGCCUGUGGCCAUCUCACCAAAGACUACCCUGAAGACGGUAGUUUUCGACAAAAGAUUCCACAUUGACAAUGGUACCACGUCAUUCUGGGUCUUACCCAAAGGCACGGAGUAUGAGGCACGUUUCCUUGCUCAAACGAGCAGCACGUGACGUUGGAAAGAAAAUAAAGGACGCUGUUCUUUUCACACAAA